GCAAGACCGGACGCAUGUUUGAAUGGGUGUGAUUGUUGUUAAAAAUAUAUCGGCCACCCAAAAUGUGUACGGCUUGCUGCGUGCGUGCUUCGUGCUUAGAAUCUGUGCCACGUUCUGAAACCGUCUUUCCCCGAGAGUAUGUGGGCCUGACAAGACAAAACCGGUGAAAAGACACCUCAGCGUGCAAGAGUUACACAGUAUCGUGAAACGGAUGAGACUGUGUUGUUUUCCUAAGCAACGAAUCGGUUAAAACUGUUGACGGAAAAAUGUGAAUAAAUUAGUUUGCUAACAUUCGGCUCAGAUAGCUGUUUGGCUGAGUGUUUUUCGUAGAUAAUUUUAAACUUUUCAUUUGUUUUUGUAAUUAAGCAAACUCUUUUUCGUCGUCCAAAUCCCACAGUGCGUUUUAAAACCUGAUGUGAUGUGCCGUGCAAACACCACGCAACAAUUUUUCAUCCCAAACGAAAGUACGUCGUGACCGGUCUCGGACGCAGCGAAAUGCGUGAUCGGUGUGCAUCUAAAUUGAAGCUGAAUUCGGGUAGCCCUGUCAGCGACUUAGUGGUGCAAAAGUGCUCGUAUCUUGUUAUUUACCUGCCCCAGUAAUAAUAAAUGCUUGUGAAUCGUCUGAGGCUCAUUUGUCCAAGCAGAUGUGUUGUUGAUAAGCCGAAUCUUCUAAGUGUGAGUGUUCCGAUCGGCCCGAGUAAACCACCGCGUGUAAAAACGAAGGACAACAAGCGCAAGUACUAGUGUGUGUAUGUGUGUAUGUGUGUAGUAAACUGAUUAUUGCACAAGUCGUCAACCUGCCAAUCUGUCAGGUCUGUCACGGCCAAGAGCAAGAUCAACCUGUCACCAACAUCGCAAUCGCACCAACACGUUCUCACACUACAAAUCAAAACCACAACGCGUCAAACUGUUGUAAGCUAGAAUAUCCUCAUCGGUGAAAUGGUGCUCCGUAGAGCGCGUUGGAAGCCUUCCUUCCGAUUCGCUGUCGUGCUACUGUGGCCGCUAGUGAUCGGCGGAACUGUUGGUGCUUAUCAUGGAGAUCUUGAUGAGACGGUGGAGCACAUUAAGAUUGGUGGAUUGUUUGAUGGAGCCACGGAAGAUGCGGAACUCGCCUUCCAGUACGCGGUCGAGGCGGUUAACAACGAGAAGCUGUCCUACUCCAACUAUCAACUAGAGGCCCAGGCAGUGCAGGUUAAAUAUGGUGACCAGUUUGAUGCAUCGAAGAAGCUAUGCCGUCUGCUGAAGACAGGAGUGGCUGGCAUUUUUGGCCCAUCCUCACCCAAAUCAGCCUUGCACGUGCAGAGCGUGUGCGACGAGAAGGAGAUGCCCCAUAUCGAGACGCGCUGGGAUGCGUACACCAAGCUGCCGACGCUGAACCUUCACCCCCAUCCACACAUCAUGGGACGCGUCUUCCUCGAUCUGGUGGUAGCGUUCGAGUGGAAGUCCUUUACCAUUCUAUACGAAUCUGGCCCAUGGUUGCCGAGCAUUGCCGACCUGCUGAAGAUGUACGACCCGAAAGGCUACACGGUGACGGUUCGCCAGCUAGACCUGCGACUGAACGGUAACUACCGUGCCGUGUUAAGACGCGUCAAGCUGUCGGAGGACAAGCGUAUCAUACUCGCCUGCUCGAUAGAUGCAAUGCCCGAGGUGUUGAAGCAAGCGCAGCAGGUGGGCCUGCUAACAGAUCACCAUCAACUCAUUAUCACCUCACUCGACCUGCACACAAUCGAUCUCGAGCCGUAUCAGUACAGCGGUACCAACAUUACCGGCAUACGGUUGAUCGAUCCGGAGGAGGAAAAAAUCAAGCAGGUAGCAGAGUUUCUCAACGCGUCACAGAUCGCCAAAACGCUGGAGCUGCAGGACGGGCUAAACCCGGCAAAGAUGCGUGUCGAAACGGCACUCAUGUACGAUGCGGUGUUGCUGUUUGCGGAAGCACUUAAGCAUUUGAUCGGCACCGAACCGGCCCAUCCACUCGAACCGAUCUCGCUCAGGUGUGAUGAUUCUACCACGUGGAAGAAUGGGUACAGCGUGAUCAACUACAUGAAAAGUUCCACCAUCCAUGGAUUAACGCGCAGCAUCCGGUUUGACCAUCAAGGGCACCGGUCGGACUUUCUGCUCGAUGUUGUCGAGCUCGGACCGGCCGGACUCGAGAAGGUUGGCGUGUGGAACUCUACCGAGGGACUCAACUUCACGCGCAAGAAGGAGCAAACGCUACUCGCGUUUGAUGACGGUACGCUCCAGAAUCGUACCUUUCUCGUACUAACAGCUAUCUCACCACCGUACGGCAUGCUCAAGGACUCUCCCGUGAAGCUUACCGGCAAUGAACGUUUCGAGGGUUUCGGUAUCGAUCUCAUCCACGAGCUAUCGCUAAUGCUCGGCUUCAACUACACCUUCAUACUGCAGGAGGAUGGUGUGUACGGAUCGCUCAACCGAGAUACCAAGAAAUGGAACGGUAUGGUUCUGGAGCUGCUCGAAUGGCGAGCCGACCUGGCCAUCACCGAUCUCACUAUCACGUCCGAUCGCGAGAGUGCCGUCGACUUCACGAUGCCCUUCAUGAAUCUCGGUAUUUCGAUCCUGUUCCGGAAGCCGACCAAGGAACCACCGUCACUGUUCUCCUUCAUGUCACCGUUCUCGAAGCAGGUGUGGCUGUAUCUCGGCGGUGCCUACAUGAUGGUAUCCAUGUCGCUCUUCAUUCUUGGCCGCAUCUCACCGAAGGAGUGGGACAAUCCUUACCCGUGCAUCGAAGAACCGGAAGAGCUGGAGAACCAGUUUAGCUUCAGCAACUCGAUGUGGUUCACGAUCGGUGCGCUGCUGCAACAGGGUUCCGAAAUUGCACCCAAGGCUCCAGCAACACGUGCCGUCGCCUCGAUAUGGUGGUUCUUUACACUAAUCAUGGUAUCGUCGUACACCGCCAAUCUAGCCGCCUUCCUGACGGUAGAACAGGUCGUCUCGCCGAUCAGUAACGCGGAAGAUCUGGCAGCUGCCGGUGGCACUAUUAAGUACGGCGCAAAGCGAGACGGUAGCACGAUCAGCUUCUUCAAGGAUGCCGAGUACGGUACGUAUGCCAAGAUGUACCAGUACAUGAUGGCCAACCAGGAUCUGCUUACCUCGUCCAAUCCGGAGGGUUUGCAGCGCGUCAAGACGGAAAACUACGCCUUUCUGAUGGAGUCCACCUCGAUCGAAUAUAUUGUGGAGCGGGAGUGUGAUGUCACGCAAAUCGGUGGACUGCUAGACGAUAAGGGAUAUGGCAUUGCAAUGCGCAAGAAUUCACCGUACCGUAGUGCGCUCAGUGAGGCGGUGCUACGUCUGCAGGAGCAAGGUGUCCUAACCUCACUCAAACGCAAAUGGUGGAAGGAGAAGCGUGGUGGUGGUGCCUGCUCGAACACGAUGGAGGAGGGCGGUGCACUUGCGCUCGAGCUCGCAAACGUAGGCGGCGUCUUCGUGCUGCUGAUCGUGGGCUGCGUCGCAGCACUGUUCGUCAGCUUCUGCGAGAUGCUCUGCGAUGUGCAUAGCCGUACGCGUGAACUGAAGCAAAGUACUAGCGACGACGGUGCGGAGGAGCUUGGCAUGGACAAUGUUGGUGGCGUAUUUUUUGUCCUCUUUGUCGGCUGCUCAUUCGCCAGCCUGUUUGGCUGCUGUGAGCUGUUCUUCGUCGUUGCGAACCGUGCUAGACGGCACAAGGUACCGUUCCGUGAGGAACUCAUGGCCGAAAUGCGCUUCGUUGCCAAAUGUCACGGCAACACCAAACCGGUCCGACAUCGGAAAAGCUCGUCCGCCUCUGGACAGAACUCACUCGCCUCGGGCAUCGAUUCGGCGGACCAGUCGGUCACCUCCAGCAAGCAGGACAUUUCCGGCCCGGCCGUUGUGCAGGAAGCUUCCGGUGGUGGUCACCAGCGAAAGCAAAACGGUGGAAAGUCGGCACUCAACGGUAACGCUCGGAAGGAAAUGUUGAAUGACUAGCAGUCUUCUUGAUGUUUGGUAUCAUUGGUAUCCUUAUUGAUAAACUAUUUAACAUACUUACAAGUGUCGUAAUUGACACACACUGACGUAUCAUUAACUCUUUACAUCAAAAUGUGUUAUUAAUAAAAUUAUGUCUCUCGAUGGAUAUUGAUAAUAAUAAGUUUCAAAGGGAAA